AUGGCGGAGACGAAAGCUGCUCCGGCGCCGGCAGCAUCGAAGCAGAGGAGCAAGAACGACGUCUCUGGCAAGGCUGCAAGUCCAGUCGCUCUCCGAAGCAACAUCAAUACCAUCUUGUACCUCCUCGGCUCGCUCGGUCUCGGUCUCGCCAUCCUGGGGUACCGAUACUAUCCUUCUUCGACCUCGAAAUCCGCUUUAUCUAUAGAUCGUACAGCCUCUCUCCCGGAUUAUAACCCCAAACUCACCAAAUUCGGCGCCUUUGAACCGCCAGCGACGUUCCACCCCCCUCUGUUCGCCGACGCAGACCGCCGAGAUGCCAUCCUCGAAGCUACGAAACACUCUUGGGAGGCCUACUCGAAGUACGCAUGGGGAUCGGACGAGUUUCACCCGAUCUCCAAGACGGGAAGCAAUCUCACCAAGGCGGGUGGGGUGGGAUACCAGAUUGUGGAUGCGCUGGAUACGUUGCUUGUUAUGGGCAUGGAGGGGGAGUAUCACAGGGCCGCUGAAUGGGUGAGGAGGGAGCUGGAAUGGGAGAAGGAUGCGGAAUUUAGUACCUUUGAGACCACCAUCCGUCUCCUCGGCGGUCUUCUAUCGGCUCACCACCUCACCUCCAUCCACUCCAAUCCCUCGAUCGCAGCCGAUAGCGCCAUGUACCUCGACAAGGCCGUCGACCUCGCCGACCGCCUACUCGCGGCUUUCGAUACACCUUCUGGGAUUCCGUACUCGAGCGUCAACCUUGCUCAGCGAAAAGGGAUCCCGGAUGCCGGGAAUCAAGGGAUGAUGUCGACAGCGGAAGCAAGCAGCGUGCAGCUCGAGAUGAAAUACCUGAGUCACCUGAUGGGAGACUAUGUGUACUGGCGUGCAGCUGAGAAGGUAAUGAAGAUCAUUCAGUCCCAAGCAGCUCUUGACGGCAUCGUACCAAUCUUCAUCAGCCCGCAGAAUGGUCAAUUCGUCGCUUCUGAGAUCCGCCUGGGAUCACGCGGUGACUCAUACUACGAGUACCUCCUCAAGCAAUGGCUCCAGACCAACAGGCAAGAGACUGUCUACAAGGACAUGUACGAGUCGGCCAUGAGGGGUAUCAAGACGCAUCUGGUCGGACGGACAAGUCGGUCCGGGUUCAUAUUUACGCAAGAGCUCGUUCCUGCCAGACAUCCAGAGACCAACGACAAUACGUGGCAAAUCUCGCCCAAGCAAGACCAUCUCGUCUGCUUCCUCGGCGGCUCGCUCAUCCUCGGCGUGACCGAGGGUCAAACGGCCGAGUCCGGCGGAAGAACGUUCGAGAAGGCCGAGAGGGAGGAUAUGGCACUCGGCGGGGCGAUCAUCGAUACCUGCUUGGAAACUUACAACACCCCAACAGGUCUCGGGCCGGAGAUUGCGAUGUUCAGGCUGUAUACCGAGCCUCAGGCGGAUGAGGAGGAUUGGUACAUCAAGCCUAGCAACGGCGGUGUGCUCAUCGACGGCCGCAAUAUCCUUCGACCCGAAACCGUCGAAUCCCUCUUCCUCGCCUAUCGCGCCACCGGAGACGACAAGUACCGUGACGCCGGAUGGAAGAUCUUUGAGGCAUUCCAGGAGCACUGUCGGAUACCGUCUGGAGGCUACGUGGGGAUUGAGGAUGUACGGGACGUACCGCCGAGGUUGUUGGAUGGGAUGGAGACAUUCUGGAUCGGCGAAACGCUCAAAUACCUUUACCUCCUGUUUGAUGAUUCUACCAACAUCCCCCUCGACAAGUACAUCUUCAAUACCGAGGCGCACAUCCUGCCGAUCUUCCAGCCGACGCAUCUCACGAACUUCGCCACGAGCUGA